AUGCACGAUUCAACCAAUCAUCAAACGACACGUGCGAUUGAUGUAGAAACUAGGUUUGACUCCUGUUGGCUGUUGCAAAGCAGAUGGAUGGACCCCACAAACAACUUAUUCUUAAAUCACGUGUACUUCUCCUAUUGGACAGUGACAUUGAAGAACAAUUGGCAGAUCUAUACAUACACUGUACAUGCGUUUAAUUUUACAAUUACAAGCUCGAAAUUUUCAAGGUGGACAUCUAAUCCAUUUGGCAGUGAAGAAUUUGGAAUCUAUACCUUUUCUUCACUUGGUAGUUGUUCCGGUGGAAAAAUCUUUUACUUGCUCAUCUUCUUCAGUAUUCUCUCCUUCGAAACAAAUUGCAGGGAAUGCCGAAAAAUGUGCUUGCAGAAUAGACAGUCUUUCUCUGAGGUUGAUGGGGUUGAAGCUCCAUACGAUCUUCCCUACACUAUCCUUGAUAAGAUAGAACAGAUAACAUUACCUAGUGUGGAUAAUUAUUUUAGUGGACAAAUUGUUUCAUAUCAUGACCUCUGUGAAGAUGAUUUGGAGAUGGAAAAUAAAGGAAGUGUGUUAAUGCAGAGGUUUGAAUUGGGGAAAUUGCUUGGACAAGGCACCUUUGCCAAGGUUCACCAUGCAAGAAAUCUUAAGACUGGCAUGAGUGUGGCCAUUAAGAUAAUUGACAAGGAGAAGAUCUUGAAGGUCGGGAUGAUUGAUCAAAUCAAACGAGAAAUCUCUGUAAUGAGACUUGUUAGGCACCCAAAUAUUGUUCAACUUUACGAGGUUAUGGCAACCAAAACAAAAAUAUAUUUUGUCAUGGAAUACAUAAAAGGUGGUGAGCUGUUUCACAAGGUGGCCAAGGGGAAGCUGAAAGAAGAUGUUGCAAGGAAAUAUUUCCAACAGCUGAUAAGUGCAGUUGAUUUCUGCCAUAGUAGAGGUGUUUAUCACAGGGAUCUUAAACCUGAGAACCUGCUUUUGGAUGAAAAUGGAAACCUAAAAGUCUCGGAUUUUGGAUUGAGUGCUCUUGCAGAAUCCAAGCGGCAGGACGGUUUACUUCACACAACGUGUGGGACACCUGCCUAUGUUUCUCCUGAAGUGAUCAACAGGAGAGGCUAUGAUGGUGCCAAAGCUGAUAUCUGGUCAUGUGGGGUGAUCUUAUAUGUUCUAUUGGCUAGAUAUCUCCCAUUCCAUGAUUCAAAUCUGAUGGAGAUGUAUAGAAAAAUCGGCAAGGCAGAGUUCAAAUACCCUAACUGGAUCCCUCCUGAUGUUCGCAGGCUGAUUUCAAAAAUACUGGAUCCGAAUCCAAACACAAGGAUUUCCAUAUCCAAAAUCAUGGAAAAUUCUUGGUUUCACAAGGGUUUCCUGUCCAAAGUUACAAAAAGUAGUGCUGAUUCUUUGCUUCGAGUAAUGGAUGUAAAAGAGGAAAAAGUUGAUGCUGAUACAAUGUUCAGUUUCGUGGAGAACACGAGCACAACAAUUGGGAAACCAGAAUUUGCAAAGCAUACAAACUUGAAUGCCUUCGAUAUCAUCUCCCUUUCAGCUGGUUUUGACUUGUCCGGCUUGUUCGAGGAAAAUGAUCAAAAGAAAGAAGCCCGCUUUACAUCUAAGCAACCUUCCAAGACCAUCAUCUCCAAAUUAGAGCAAGUAGCAAAGCGUCUAAAGUUGAAACUGUUGAAGAAGGAUGGAGGAUUGUUAAAAUUUGAAGGAUCAAAGGAAGGCAGGAAGGGAGUUUUGUCUAUAGAUGCAGAAAUCUUUGAGGUUACUCCAAGUUUUCAUUUAGUUGAGAUGAAGAAAUCCAAUGGAGACACGCUGGAAUAUCAAAAGAUGAUGAAGCAGGACAUAAGGCCAUCAUUGGAAGACAUUGUUUGGACAUGGCAAGGUGAUCAUCCACAACCCCUGCAGCAACAAGUUCAACCAGAGGUACAGCCAUCACUAGUUACAGAUUUGGAUGUUGUUGCCCCUCAAAAUUGA